AUGCUUGUGCGACGUCUAUGUUUUCCCUUCUGUUACGCCAUAAAAGCUGCAGGCUGUAUUGUUACUCUUGGGAGGCCAAGAGACACCCAAUACUCUCCCCUCCCUCACUUUUUGCUGCCGCUAAACUAUCACCACAUUUCGGGAAUAAAUGAUCCUUCCCGUAAUUCAAAGCUUUCGCGGAGAUUUGCAUCGCUUGUUAGGUUCCGUGAAAAACGAAAAGACAGAUGCUUUCAGAAGAAAAUUCACUACACUUGCCGGAAAGAGGUUGCUGAGAGGAUGCAACGGAAGAAUGGACAGUUUGCAUCAUUGAAGGAAGAGUACAAUUCUCCUACUGAAAACCAGGAUUCUAGCAGUGGUACACCUUGCCCAAAAUCUACUGAGCGUAGAUGUCAGCAUUGUGAAACUGGUGAGAAGUCUACUCCAGUAAUGCGUCGAGGACCGGCUGGUCCAAGAUCUCUAUGCAAUGCUUGUGGGCUCAUGUCUCUUGAAUCUUCCUCAACAGCAACAACCACCACCAUAUCCGCCUUCCAUGCUUUUGCGAUUUGCUUAACUAGCUUUGGCACUAAACUGGCUUGUGAGUAA